AAUGAGAUACAUGACUAGAUGCAAAAUGAGACAAAAGCACAACAGAUGUUACAGAUGCUGAUAAGAAACACGAGCUUACUAUUGACCAGUAUCAGCAAAGGUGUCCGAGAGAAACCUCGCACCGUACGUCUGCGUGUCUGGGCUCUUUUGCGCAGUGUUCACUCAGGCUGUGCACGUUGUGCUCAAGAACAGAGACAUCGUGUUGCUGUUGUCAGCUGAUGACGAUCGGCGUCCUGUCGCCGCCUCCUGUGCGCCCUUUAAGCGUCUCCCCGUCGCGUAUCAAGCGGCGUGCCGGUAAGGACAAAUGGAACGUAGAUCAUCGGUGGCGGGAGCGCGCAGGCGUUUGGUAGACCAUUCAGCAUGAAAGGACACACAGAGUGGGCGGGAACGCAAAUCAUUUGAAUUUUGACAGCAGUGGGACAUAGGACAUGGCAGCAUUGUCACGGUUUAUAGGCUUUAGCGUUAAAAUCCGUCGGAAAGAUGAGACAUCUGGUGGACCACAUCUGGAUUCACACAAAAAGGUGAGCGUCAGCUUGGAGGUUAGCUAAUGCUGCCACACUUCGUAACUUAGCAUACUGACAGUGCUGCACACAAAGCUAACGUUGGCCAACACACACUUCUGGGAGUAAAUGCCCCAGGACCUCAUGCCUUUACCCCAGAGCGCUUUUCGGUGUGUACAGCAUAUGACGCGCUCUGUCCUGAGACCCUGGAGUUAGAUCAGGAGAUCUCAGAAAGGGCAACAGAGGAGGGAUCCCCCUUACAGCAUGGACAGGACAUGGAUGUCACGUGUACAGAAUAAAUCAGCAUAACAGGGUACAGUGUGGACACUGACAGAACCAUGUGUUUCAACUUCCAGGUGCUGCCAAAGAGACGAGUCACAUGACCUCUGCCGGGCCAGGGGCCAGGGCCAGCACAGAUGACAGGGAGGAGAAGAAAGAGAGGCACACAGCUUGGAUGGUCAUUGGCUCGACAGUAACAGAACUGGUGUGCAUUUGUCCAGAAGCGUGUGGUGACGGUGGCGGUGGUGUGUGGAACAGAGAAGUACACCAUCAUGUCUCAGAGUCCCUGUCCGAGCGGGAUCCCUGACUGUCAACUGGUCAUGUACAAGCUGUCCACCCGGCCGGUCUACACCCAGAAGCAGAAGAUCUUCACCACCCUGCACUGGAACUGUUGUCCAGGACACAGAGGAGACAACUGCGACGACACAGAUGUGGAGGCGGGGCCCCAGCAGCAACGAGGCGACCCGCAUCGUGAGCAGAACGACUACCAGGCGUCCAUCAGUCCGCUGCACAGCACCACACAUCCCACCCAUGAUCUGAGCCACAACCCAGAACAUGCCCUCAACUCCCAUCAUACAUCACAGCAUGCCACGAAUAUGUACAACCAUCGCCAUCACCACCGCGACCACGGGCAGCAGGAGCACCGUCUUCCUGUGGUAGAGCAGGUGGUUGCUGCUGGAGACGCCCUGCUGGACCCAGAAGCCCCUGCCGCCCUUCCCGUUCACCAAAUGAUGGCCCUGGUCAUGUCCCAGCUGCAGCCGGUCCUGGAGGGCUUCAACCGCUCCCUGGAGCAGCUGAGCCAGCAGGUAGGGGAGCUGGCCCGUGACAUGGCCCAGCUGAAGAGCAGCCAGCAGGGCCCAGAGCUGCAGCAAGGGCCCCCGGAAGGCCCCGAGCUGGAUGAGGUCACAGAGGAGCACGUGGGUGCCAGGCUGGACGAGGUGUUUCAGCACAUCAGCGAGGUCCGGAGGCAAAUGGAGAGCCAGCACACAGAAAUGGAGAACAGGCUGCACACCCAGCAUGCAAUGCUGCACUACAACUUCACCAGUUUCAAGACAGACAUCGACGUGAAGCUGAAGCGCCAGCAGAAGAUGCUGCAGGCCAGCCUGCAGGCUAUGAACACCACCCUGUCUGAGCUGAGGCCAGAGGGCCCUGAGGACCAGCUGGAGGGUCAGCUCCCUACACCCUGGGCACCACAGUCUUCAGACACAUCUGUGCUCUGGGAAGCCAUUGAACGACUUGACAACACGGUGGUCAACAACACGGUGAAGGUGAGCGGGCUCAUGGAGGAUGUGGAGGUGGCUUCGGGGAGCAUCCAGCAGCUGAGGAGGGACGUGCAGAACCUGGAGCAGCAGCUCGACCAGGCGGCCCGCACCACUCAGGUCCUGUUCAUGGAGACGGGGCUGGAGGUGGAGGAUGCGAAGGUGAAGGUGCUGAGUCAGUUGAACGAGUUGGCGGGGAACCUGAGCGUGCAGGUCGAGCGGCUGCAGCAGAUGGACGAUGACGUGGACUACCUGUACACCGCUAUUUACAGGAACGGUUCGUCUGGAGACUGUGACUGUAAGGCGCUGAGGGCCGCCGUGGUCCGGCUGGAGAGGGGCCUGGCCAACGUGACCGAGCUGGCCAACGAAAACAGACUGACCCUGGACGAAGCCAGCGAGGGAUGGGCGGAGCAGUGGGGCCGGGCCAGUGACUGGGUGCUGCAGGUGGAGGCACUUCAAUAUGACCUCCAGCAGGUGAAGGAGGCUCUGGCCUCGGAGCAGAGCAGGACCAACGCUCUGGACCACAGCCUGGCCCAGCUGACCAGCUCGGUGACGGUGGCUCUGGCCCAGGUGUCGGACCUGAAGGAGACGGACGCAAAGCUGAAGGAGAAUAUGCAGCACCUGUCUGCCUCAUUCAACUCUCUGCUCCAAGACGCCAUCCGGCACAGCGACGUGCUGGAGCUGCUGCUGGGGGAGGAGGUGGUGGACUUCCUGGAGAGGCCCACCCAGGACCAGGGAGCUUACUCCAUCCUAGGCCUGCAGGAGCAGCUGAGAGGACACAACCUGAGUAUCACAUCACUGCUUGGCAGCAGACCAGGAGGCAGAGAGGAGAUGCCAUCUGCUGACCAGCCUCCCUCGUCCUCCCACCUCCCUCCUCCUGGCACAGGGAGCAGCAGCAGUGGAGGUCCAACCAGGGAGCAGCAGCUUCUCCUCCACCCCGAGCACAGCGGCGACGGCAGUGACCUGUGGAAGCUGGAGAAGACUGUGGAGAAGCUGGGGCUGAAACUGCUGCAGCUGGAGGAGAAGCCCUGCACCUGCCCGAACAUCUCCACUGGGAGAGCGGCGCCACCUGCUGGUGUGGACGCCAAACUGCAGGCGGAGGUAGUGUGGCUGAAGAGAGGGCUGGAGGAACAUCUGAGGGUGUUCAAGAAUGUGUUCAGUAACGCUGACGUGCUGGCGGCAUCAGACGCCACGCUGGAGCUCGACAAACUGUGGCAGCUGGUGAAGAGCAAAGAGAAGAAGAGAGGAGAGCGGGAGGCAACAGGAAGAGGAGAAAACCAUCGAAGCAGGAGGGACUCAUCAGGUGGUGUCCAUGUCCCGGCUGGCCUAUCAGGAGCCUCGCUGCUGUUCGUGGCUGCGUCUCCUCUGGGCGUCUCUAACGGCAGCAUUGUGUUCAAAGCAUCUCUCAACCGCGGUCAGUUCCACCCUGAUCUUGGCACCUUCACAGCCCUGGUGGACGGAGUCUACCUGUUCGUCCUCACCUUAGACCUGAAGCUGGGUCCCACUCAUGUGGUCCUGAGGAGGGAGUCGGGCAGAGCGCCACUGUCUCUACACGGUCAGGAAGUGACAGAGGCGGGGCCAGUCACACGUGUGGGCCUCCUGCUGCUGAGGGAGGGGGAGGAGGUGAGGCUGGACCUGAGGGGAGGAGCAUGGGUGGAGUCAGAGGACAAUGUGUUCGCUGGGCUGCUGCUCCACCGGACCACCUGAGGGCGCUGCGGAUCUAAGACACUGAUCAGCGAAUGGGAGGGUGGGAAGGGGCGGAGCUGCUGGGGAGCAAGUGGAGGAAGGUCAAAGGACCAAUCAGAAAAGCCAACACACGUGUGGACAGCUGAGCUGAGCCUUCUGUCACACACCAGCAGAGCUACGUACAAACCGUCGUUACACAAGGGAAGUUUUACUUCACAUAUUUCACAAGAACAAGAUAUUUGUACAUAAAGUCACCUGUAUGCAAAAUGUCUGUAAAGUCCAGUAUAGUUAUGUAAAACACAGAGCAGAAUAUUUAUGUAAAGCUGAGCGACGUGGUGGAAGUGAAAGGAUGAAAAACCUGGAACCUAAUAAACUUCAUUCGUUCCCAUUUUGAGUCAACGCGUUUUAGAUUCUCACGUAUAGACUUUGUUUCUCAGUUAACUUUCAGGGCUCUAGCUGAUUUUUUAUCUAAUAACUUGCCAGGAAAUGCAGUGUGUUGUAUACAAAGAUACAAAUACAGUCUCAUAACUACAAGAUGCUGUACACAUGAACUGCUGGAGGAGAAUACAAGAUGUAAAAACCUGACCCAGCAAAGUGAGCAUUUACCCUCUGACGGGGACAAACAGUCAGCGUCCGUUCAGCGGCUGCUCAUGAUGAUCUUCAUCAGCAGUUGUCAGAGAAGGAAGACAUUUAAGUUGUUGAGCCUCAAACCUGUUGACUGGUAACUGAGAUUAAAAAUAAAAACGAUGUAUUGGCUGAAACCUGUUCCUCAGAACAUAGAACUACUGUGAAACCUCUGAACAUCAUCAUCAACAAUAAGC